AUGGCGAGAAUCAUUUCUAUAAAUAUUCUCCUAACCGGAUGUUGCGAAUGUUUUCUUGGAAAAGAAUUUUUAUUCGGUACAUUCUCACUAGAUGAAAUGGAAAAUCAAUCAUUCAUUAUCUUUAAUCCUUCUUUGGACAAAAUUGCGACUGUAAACAUUACAAGGGAAGGCGUUUCUACUGUUGAACAAGUUCAACCAAAACAAUCCUUUCAUGUAAAUGGAUUAGCAAGCAAUGACUCUAUUUUAGUGCAUUCGAACGAAUACGUCUCACUUCAAGGGCUGUUUGGUUCUCACAAUAUUCAAUACAGCAUUCUUCCAAUAUCAUCCCUUGGAACAAAUUACAUCUUGGUCUACGGUGUAAAUUUCAAUGCUUCGGAAACCGUUUGCAGUAUAACAGCGCUUCAUGACCAAACAGCUGUAGAAAUCAUAAUGCCCCACAAUGGAACAUUUCCUAACUCAACAAUCUUCCCUUCCAUUAAUACCCAAACGAUGACAUACAUGGAAAAUAUUCAGAUCCAAGGUUUAUAUAACGUCUCAAUAGCGGCUUCUGCAUUGAUAUCUGUCGUGUGCGGCGAGAAGGAUCGAAUCAACAAUAUCCGCGUUCACCUGCCGCCCACAGAUCUCUGUAUUGUGACGUCAUAUGUCGUCCCUUGCUUUGACAUCAGCAAGGUUCCUCCAGGAGAGGUGCAUGUAAGAAUCAUUAAGAUAUACCCCCUUUACAAAGACACUACGGAUAUAUACAUUGACGGGUCACGUGAUAAUAAAACAAAUCAAGAGAAGUCAAUGAAUAGGUCUUUUAGUAUAACUGCCAGUAACCCAUUUUGUGUCCGAUCUCACAUUCGAAAGUGGAAAUAUGGAGCUUUGACUUUUGUUAAUGACAAUUUUCAAUUCCCUAUCAAAGUCGACAAUUCAACCACUCCUUGCUUACAAACACAGCAGGAUCUCAAUGAUACACUUUCAGAGAACAACAAUACAAAGAUUUGUAUGUGUCCUUGUAAAGCUAAACCAGAAUGGCACAAUUUAAGUGACGUUGAAUUCUCUCGUUGGCUUGAGGGAUAUAUAGUGGCGACUAGAAAGGAACUUGUUCUCCGGAAAAAAGAGCUGACAUCUUCAAAAAGACAAAAAAUCAGCGCCUCCGACCCACGGACCUCUGCCAAGAGCAUCGGAGUUGUUGGUGUGGUCAUUAUUUGUGGCAUUGUGUGUACAUUAAUAUCAUUUGAUUGUCCCAGGUUCGUAAAAAGUGUCCAAUUGUUUGAGGAAAGGUAUCAGACUAACCGAUAUGGUAAACAAUUGGGACAUCCGAAAUAA